AAGAAACCAAGAGCAUGGCCCCCACACAGCUGGUGACAUUUGCCUAUAGGGACUUACCCCUGGCUGCCGUCGACCUCUCCACGGCCGGCUCGCAGCUCCUGUCAAAUCUGGAUGAAGAAUACCAAAGAGAAGGGAAAUGAAGAGCCCUCAGGGACACCAUGGAGAAGGUGCCCAGUGACUCAGCUGCCCUGCACUCACGUCCAUUGAGCUCAGUGAUAGUCAGUGCUUUGAAAUUCCAAGACUGUGAGAGCUGGGGGACCUUAGAAAAAGAGCCGAGGACCAGCCUGCCAUUCCCAAAGGUGUUAGAAACUAUCUAGAAAGGCUUGAGUGAGCCGGGUUUCAUUGAAGAGCUCUGAGUUCUGUCCUUCAAGUUUUCUCUGGAUGGAUUGUGAGGAAGAACUCUCCGCCGGGAAGCACUUGCAUCGUUCCUUCAGAGAGAAGGGAGAACCUCAGAGCAGAGCUGUCCUCCCAGCCCAGUGACACCCUCGGGAUCUUCAGGAGGUGGGCCCUGGCCCUCUGACAGCAGGCUGCAGCAGAUUGGCUCCCUCUGGAUGGGAAAGACAGGGGGUGACGGGCCAUCAGAUACUUUACCACCACCACCACCAUCAUCAUCAUCAUCAUCACCAUCACCACCACCACGCCAUUUCAGCUACAUUGUGUUUAACAGGUCUAACUGGCUGAAGCCAUGCUGUGGGAAGAGAGCAGCCGUAUGGCAGGUAUUUUUGCUCAGUGCAAGUCUCAACAGUUUCCUGGUAGCCUGUGUAAUAUUGGUGGUGAUUCUCCUGACUCUGGAACUUCUAAUAGAUAUAAAGCUUCUCCAGUUUUCUAGUGCGUUCCAGUUUGCCGGUGUCAUCCACUGGAUCAGUCUGGUCAUUCUCUCUGUGUUCUUCUCAGAGACUGUUCUACGGAUCGUGGUACUGGGGAUCUGGGAUUACAUCGAAAACAAAAUAGAGGUGUUUGACGGGGCUGUGAUCAUCCUGUCCUUGGCCCCGAUGGUGGCGUCUACCGUGGCCAAUGGGCCCAGGAGCCCCUGGGAUGCCAUCAGCCUCAUCAUCAUGCUCCGGAUCUGGCGGGUGAAGAGGGUCAUUGAUGCAUACGUCCUGCCAGUGAAGGUGGAGAUGGAGAUGGUCAUCCAGCAGUACGAGAAGGCCAAGGUCACCCAAGAUGAGCAGCUGGAGAGACUGACACAGAUCUGUCAGGAGCAAGGGUUUGAGAUUCGGCAACUGCGGGCACACCUGGCGCAGCAGGACCUGGAUCUGGCGGCCGAGCGGGAGGCGGCGCUGCAGGCUCCGCACGUGCUCAGCCAGCCACGCAGUCGUUACAAGGUGGUGGAAGCCGGCACGUGGGACGAGGAGACAGCGGCCGAGAGCGUCGUGGAGGAGCUGCAGCCCUCGCAAGAAGCCGCUGUGAAGGACGACAUGAACAGCUACAUCAGUCAGUACUACAAUGGGCCCAGCAGUGACAGUGGAGUCCCAGAACCAGCUGUGUGUGUGGUCACCACGGCUGCCAUAGACAUCCACCAGCCCAACAUCUCCUCAGACCUCUUCUCAGUCGACGUGCCCCUGAAGCUCGGCGGCAACGGCACCUGCGCCAGUGCCACCUCAGAGGGUGCCACCCACAGCUCAGUCACCUGGGCCCAGAGCGACAGCAGCCAGACACUGGGCUCCUCCACAGACUGCAGCACCGCCCGAGAAGAGCCAUCCUCCGAGCCUGGCCCCUCUUCCCUGCCACUGCCGCCACCACCCCAGCCGCAGAUGGCAGAGGCCAGGGUCCAGGACCUGCUGUCCUCCCUGUCAGAGGACCCCUGCCCAUCCCAGAGGGCCUUGGACCCAGCCCCCCUGGCCCGGCCCAGCCCAGCAGGCUCGGCCCAUGCCAGCCCUGAGCUGGAGCACAGGGUAAGUCUGUUCAACCAGAAGAACCAGGAGGGCUUCACUGUCUUUCAGAUCAAGCCUGUCAUCCACUUCCAGCCCGCUGCACCUGUGCUGGAGGAGAAGUUCAGAUCUUUGGAAUCCAAAGAGCAAAAGUUGCACAGGGUCCCUGAGGCCUAGAGCCUGCAAGUUCACUGGGGGAGGAGGGGAGACAGCCAUCUUGAAGCUCUCUCGGGACCCCGGAGGCCACUGAGGGCCCCAUAGGGGCCCAGGAUCCUGCCUGGCCUCCCUCAGGGUGCUGCCUGCCUCCAGGGAGGUGAUGCCAGACCAGGAGGCCACACGCCUCAGACCUCAAAGCCCAGGGCUGGCGCCUCCUCUUGCCCUGCUCAGGGGAGGGUGGUGCUCAUGGCUGGGUUGUUGUUUUUGUUUUUGUUUUUGUUUUUGUUUUUAACCAUUUUUACAAAAACCAGCCUGUGGCCCAGUUUCAGCAGGGUAGAGUAUGGGGGCCAGCUCAGCCUCUUCCGUUGCCUUCGUUCCUGAUGCCCACCCUGGACCCUCGGGAACAGCACUGUGAGCAGGGGCUGACCAGCCCCACCCCAAGCCGUCCUUUCCAGGAAUCCUGGGUGGAGCCGACACAGACCACCAUCUGAGUCUGUUUCAUUUGUCCUCAUUCUCUCAUUUCGGCAUGAGCAUUUCUGAGUCUUUCGAGACAAAUCUAGUUUUCACCUUCACACAAUGUGACGGGACAGGUCU